AGGUCGGUACUGUAGGAAGAAAAUGAACAAGGCGUUGGUGGAAGCGUCGUCUGGGUCGUUGGGGGCGCUCUUCGCUUGCCUCGUGCUGUUUCCAUUGGACGUGGCCAAGACAAAGCAUCAAGCGUCGACGGACUCGACAACGAAGACGAAAGAACGAAGCACCAUGGCGCUGCUCCGGUCGAUCUGGACCGAGGAGGGUGCACGAGGACUCUUCUCUGGUCUCGGCCCCAAGGCUACCCACACCGUCCUGUCCAACUUUUUCUACUUUUACUGGUACGCGUGGUUGAAAGCAGCGUAUGCCAAAUCCCGCGGACCAUUGACGACGUCGGCCACGUUGGCGAUCGGUGCCGCCGCGGGGGCGAUCAAUAUGACGAUCACGCUCCCGCUCGAGGUGCUCACCACGCGCAUCCAAACGACGACGUCCUCGUCGUCGUCUUCGGCGGCAGAGCUGCUUGGACGCAUGUACCGCGAGCAAGGCGUUCUGUCGCUGUGGAAGGGCUACGUGCCGUCGCUGGUGCUAGUGUCCAACCCUGCUAUCUUCUACACGAUCUUCGACCGGCUCAAGCUGCAACUGGGUCGGCAGUUGUCGGCCGUGGAAGCGUUCGUGCUGGCGGCGAUAGCCAAGGCCAUCGCGACUAUCCUGACGUACCCCAUCAUCCGAGCCAAGGUGCUAAUGCAGGCUUCCAAGACGAAUAACCACGACACAGCAUCUUUAUCCAUGUUUCAAGUACUCCAGCGGACGUGGAAUGAAGACGGCGGGGUGGCGGGGCUAUUCCAAGGCUGCAACGCCCAACUGGUUAACACUGUGGUGAAAAGCGCAUUGCUCCUAAUGACCAAGGACCAGAUCGCCCAGCUCACGGUCCGCCUCCUUUAUCCGUUCCGCAGCAUCCCCAGCGCCACAAGUUAACCAGUAGAGGAUGUAUGCAUACAUACAUACAUCAUGUUGUGCUCAAAGGUGUGGAAGGUGGAUAUGUCUGUGGUGCUGCUGCUGUUUCAAACGAAUAUACAAGACACGAAUAUUAAUUGACGUGGAUGGUUGAAGCGG